UUACGUGGACUAAAGUCGACUCUCAUUCAUUACCAGAAAAUAUUUUACUUUUUAUUUCGCAAAGUGAGAGAGAAGAAGACGAAGAAAGGAAAAAUCGUUUUGAUCGGAGACUAUCCUUGUAUUCGAGCUAGCUCCGGUUCUUCUCGUCUCGUGGGUUUCUACUGGGCGAAAGACAGUUCCUUUACAAGGUUGUUUGUAAUGGAAGACGAUGGCUCUCCUUCUUCUUCUUCUUCUUCUUCUCGAGAUUUGGAUGCACAGAACCCUUAUGAUCGAUUGCUUGCUCUAAAUACAAGUCCCGUUGAUUCAAAUUGUAACUUGGAUUCGGUUUCUGCUAUUUAUCUAGCGAUGACGACAAGCUCAAAGCUGGAGUGCGUCGAUGAGCGCGGCCAAGACUCCCUCAUAACCUCCGUAUGCAACAUGGAGGACGAAGAAGAGGACGAGGAAGAGCUCGACGAGUUCGAUCCUUACCUCUUCAUCAAAAACUUACCCAACUUGUCCUCCGUUGUCCCUACUUUCAGACCCGUCUUGCUUCCUAAACAGACCCGAAGCUGCCCUCCCAUCUCCCUAGUCCUAGACCUCGACGAAACUCUUGUGCACUCUACUCUAGAACCCUGUGACGAGGUGGAUUUCACAUUCCCUGUGCAUUUCAAUGAAGAAGAGCACACGGUGUACGUGCGUUGCCGUCCUCACCUACAAGAGUUUAUGGAGAGAGUGUCCCGUCUCUUCGAGAUCAUUAUUUUCACAGCUAGCCAGAGUAUCUACGCCGAGCAGCUUCUGAAUGUGCUUGACCCUAAGAGGAAGCUCUUUCGCCAUAGAGUGUACCGUGACUCGUGUGUUUUCUUUGACGGUAACUACCUCAAGGACUUGUCUGUCCUUGGACGUGAUCUGUCUCGUGUCAUCAUCGUUGAUAACUCCCCACAGGCAUUUGGGUUCCAAGUGGAGAACGGUGUGCCGAUAGAGAGCUGGUUUAACGACCCGUCAGAUAAAGAACUCCUUCACUUGCUACUGUUUCUGGAAAGCUUGAUAGGAGCUGAAGAUGUGAGGCCCAUGAUCGCCAAGAAGUUCAAUCUAAAGGAAAAGAUUGAGGCAGCUGUAGAUGUACCCGAGUAUCCUGCUGAGGCAGGUGAUCCUUUCGAAAGGUAAAGUCUUUUCAAAAGCUCAGAAUCUGGCAUAAAAGCUACACAAAGGAGAAGACUUGCUCUUUGGGAGAAAGCUUGUGAAAGUUUCUCUUCUUGCUCUUUUGAGGUUGGAGGGAUUAGAAGUUGGAAGAUAUAUUAUAUAUAUAUAUAUCAAAUGUUGUUUUCUUAUUAGUUUAAAGAACCUUGGUAUACAAGAAGAAGUCACAGAAUAAUUAUUAUAAUUUUUUUUUUAAUAUAUUUUUGAAUAAUUGUGACAUAGUCUCCGGUAGAAUAGUCGAAGCUUUUCUUACCAAAUGGAGAUUACUUGUGAAGAAGAAGAGUAGUGCGCGUGUUAGUAGAAUUUGCAAACUUUACGCCGAUGUCGGCGCACGUUAAGCUGAGUAAUAUUUAUCCAUUUAUUUUAUUGACAAUAAUCAUUUUUAAAAAGAAAAAUAGCGGAUAAAAAAAAAAAAAAAAAAAAAAUUUCAUCGCCUCUCGAAAAACCUAGCGCACCAGUCCCCAUGGACGUAUCCGCGAACAAAGUUCUGGAAUUGAACGGUCGUGAUGCAGAGAUCCUAAUUAGCUCCAGCACGUUGAGAAUCCACGCGAAACCUGCCUUGGACGAAGGUGUGAAAUUAAACGGUGGGAUUCGAAAUAGCAGUAUUAUUAGGAGGAUGGUAGUUGAGGGAUACGACACCUCCCCUCGUAGGGAGGAUGUCGAAGAGGCUCUGAAAAAACACUUCGUAUCACGUAGAAUAAAGUUAAUGCAUGUCUCUGUUCCCGUAGACUACAAAUGUCGUAAUCGCAGACGCGCCUUAAUCUAUGUUAAUGGAGAAUGUGAAGCAGAGGCGUUGAAGCUUGAUGGAAGUUACGUGGGAGGACUUGUUUCAAAAAAAAAAGUAAUUUGGGAGGACGUAUUUUAACAAUUACGGCUUACCCUUUUGACGACAAUAGCCUUGAGCAUCUCUUUGCUCCUACCAGUGUCAUAGACGAAUACCGACAGCACACGUUGAAAGUUAGAGGAUUUGAUACUUGCCUCUCUCUGAAUGAUAUCGAGAAGAUGCUACUUAGGGUUUUCCCCGGAUCCGAUUGUUUUCCUCUCUGGGACGGCUCAGUUUUGCUUUAUCUCCGUGGACAAUAUGCUAUGGACGAGGCUCUGAAACUUAGCGGAGGUUCUGUGCAAGGCUUUAAAUUUGUAGUUACUGAGGUCUUCCCAGAAACUGUGAUAGAGACUGGCAUCUCUCUCGCAACUGCACGUAGCUUUGGCUUUCGUGGAUAAUUCUAAAACCAAUCAGAAGAUCAAGUCUACGGACUAGAAAUCUCUCGCUCUCUUUCUCUCUCAAAUGCUGUCUCGUGUUAUUAACUUGUGUCAUGCAAUGCCUCCUUUUUUCUUGUCUGGAUGUUGAAUGUGUUUUUAUUUGUUUUUUAUGAUUAAAACUCUGUAAAAACACUAUGACAAAUUUGGUUGUCCAAUCAAUAAUCAUUA